AUGCAGAGCUUUCUGAAGCUGCUGAGGGAGAGUGGGGGUGCCGGUCUACCCCUGGCGGAGCUGGUGACUCUCGCAGGCAGGCUGUGCCGAGACCUGCAGGAUGACCCUGCCCAAGUGCAGCCCUUGGUCACAGCCGUGAUGGACAGUGAGCUUCGCCUGCACCUCCUGGACAAUGCGGACGUGGCCCUCGUGUGUGCCCGGGUGCUGGCGCAGCAGGAGCAGCACCAGGCUGCCUGCCGGGUGCUGGAGGGUUGCCACGUUCCUGGAGGCAGCCAGGAGCUGGUACAACUCUGGAACGACAUUCACUACCAUCUCGUCAUGAAGCGCCUAGGUGUGGCUGUGCUAACCCCAGUGCAGAAGUUCCGCUGCAGAAAGAGGAACCCACCCCCACCCUCCCUCUGCCCUGAAGGCCUGAAGAGCCGGAACUUUCCCAGAGAGGUUCGCCAGAAGCUGCACGACUUUGCCUCGGGCGUGAGCACUAACCCCAGCAAGGCGGAGCGGGAGAACCUGGCCUUGGAGACGAGCCUGACCGUAGAGCAAGUGUACAACUGGUUUGCCAAUUACCGGCGGCGCCAGAGGGCCCUUGUCCAGCGCCUGGAGUCAGCGCCAGAGGACACAGUAGAGGACCCCAGUGUGAGGGAGAGGGGUCCGGACCGCCCCCAGCCCUCAGGCCACCCUCACCUUGGCUCUGGGUGUGUGGACAGGCCUCAGUGGCCAGCUGGACGGGAGGAAAAUGGGCCUGCACAGUCCAGGGAGACCACCCAAGGGCCGUGGGAGUCGCUGGCCCUGGCCCCGGACUUCUCUGGAGACGAGACUAUGCCAAAGCCAUUGCCUCCCAGUGGCAAUCCGCAGAGCAUGUACCUGGAGGAAGGUCUGGGCACUGGCAGUGGUCAGCAAGAGCAACAGGAAGGUGGCUUCCAGGUGACACGGCCCCCGCCACAGCCUCCAGAAUUCAUCCUGACCCAGAGCCCCCUGGAGUUGGCUCCGGGCCCCUCCUUCUCCAGCCCUAUGUCUGCUGUGGACCUGAGCCAGCCCUUGCCUUCCAGCCAGGUGCAGUGGCCCGAUGGCCAGGCUUCCAGCGAUGCCUUCUGGGGAGCCAGGAUGCUUCUUGAGCUUUCAGGGGGCAGCCUGGGUUGAGAUAUCCCUUUGGGGUAUCCAGCCAGUGCCCUGGGGAGCAGGUGUGGACAUCCAGCUGUUCAGUACACGUUAUAGAGCUUUAUUCCGACUGAAAAAAGGACCCCAGAAUGCCUUAAGGGGUUCCAGUGAAAAGCACUGGGGACCAGUUAGCCCCUGCCGUGUUUCAUAGUUUGGUUGGUAACUCGCUGUAUUGGAGGAAGCAUUUGAGAAAUGCUCUUGAACUCAGAGGUCAGAGGGGUCUGUUUCACUCAGACAGAGAGAUUGUGGCAUCAAGCUCCUAGACAGGGUCUGGCAGGGAAGGCCUUUCCAGAGCAAGAGGAGACUGUUGUGCUGUCAUGACAAGGCCACGCUGUACCCGGUUGAGUUGGGGAGCAGGGCACGGGCAGUGUUCUGACAUAUGUCUGUCUUAGGGAGUUGGGAUAGCUCAGGCAAGAUGAGACAGGGUACAUUUCCCUCCGAGGUUGUAAUUCAUUGUGUUUGUAAAACAAAUGUUCUGUUCAAUUAAAUUACAGUUAAAUGUUCUGAACGCCCCCUUUUACUCCCUUAACUACAUCUUGGACACCUGUUCCUUUCAGUCCCUGGUGGGCACUUCACGGCAUGAGUGUGCAUUGAUUGAUGAAUCAGUACCCUAUUGAUCUCAUUGUCUAAUGUCUCUGUUUUAUAAACAGUGUCACAGUGGGCAUCUCUGCCCUUUA